GUGGAUGAGUGAGGUUACAGGGAGAAGAGAUAUAGAAGGUGGAGGAUUUAAGUAUAUCUAGGGUCAACAGUUUAGAGAGUAACGCCAUGUUUUGGGGCCCAGAGUCAGCAGCACUGAGGAAAAGUCAGGAGUCAGAGCUGGAGGUAGCAGAGAUGAAGAUGCUGAGGUUCUCUUUGGGAGUGAUGGAUAGGAUCAACACAGUAAUCUAUGAUUCAUGUGCUGGCUGCUUGUGACUUUGCAGAGCAGAAAUGCAGUUUCGUUUAUUUAGCAACAGUUAAAGUGUUUGUUUUGAGGGUUGUGGGUGUAAUUUCGGAUUAAAAAUGGAUUUCAUAUUAUUUAUUUUAUCCAUGGAAUCCUCGCAGACCAGAAGAUGAGGGAUGGAGGGGUUGGGAGACGGCAGUGGGACCUGCAGGGGGCGCACUAUUUUCUCUGGCAGUAGCCCGCGAGCCACCACUGCCUUGCUCCGCGGCAGUGGGCACAGAUGGCUUCCCGGUGCCGGUGAGUAAGCAGAAAAGCUGUGGGGGGGCCGGACCAUGACAGAGUGCACCCGCGGCAGAGGCGCGCGGCCUCUGCGGUGACGGCGCGCGCAGCAUCGCUUCAUGGUUUUUCGCUGAGAUCAUCUCAUCCUCCGCGGGGCUGCUGCUGUCGGCCGCAGGUGGUGCUCCUCCGCCGGGGCUCGGUGGGGUAGGGGUGAGGCUGCGGGGAGGGGGACUGGGCAGGCGCCAUGGCCGCCGGCGGAGCGGGAUGCGCGGACGCGGCGGAGCCGUACCGCGCGGAGGUGGAGCGCCUCGCCCGGGAGCUGGCGGAGGUCAGCCGGGAGAAGGUCCGCGCGGCGGAGUGCGGCUUGGCGGUUCUGGAGGAGAACCAGAGCCUGAAGCAGCAGUGCUCGGAGCUGGAGGCCGAGCAGGAGGCGCUAAGGCAGGAGCUGGAGCUGCUGCAGGAGGCAUUCGGCCAGGCCUACUCCAUCCAGAGGAAAGUGGCUGAGGAUGGGGAGACCAACGAGGAGACUCUGCUGCAGGAGUCUGCCACCAAAGAGGCCUUCUACGUGGGACGGCUGCUGGAGCUGCAGUCGGAGCUGAAGCGCAGCCGUGCCGCCGCCUCCAGCAGUCAGGCUGAAAGCGAGCACCUCGGUUCGGUGCUGCAGGAGCUCAGAGAGCAGAGCAACCAGGUGCUGGAGCUGCAGAGGAGCCGCAUGCGUGAGGAAAUGAGAGAGUUCAAGCUUCGAGAGUCGCGGCUGCUGCAGGAUUACUCUGAGCUGGAGGAGGAGAACAUCUCUUUGCAGAAGACGGUGUCGGCGCUGAAACAGAGUCAGGUGGAGUACGAAGGCCUGAAGCAUGAGAUCAAGGUCCUGGAGGAAGAGGCGGAGCUCCUGAACAGCCAGCUGCAGGAGGCGCUGCGCCUCAAAGACAUCUCCGAUUCUCAGCUGGAGGAGGCGCUGGAGUCCCUGAAGGUGGAGCGAGAGCAGAAGAAGCACCUCCGCAAAGAACUGCUACACCACCUGAGCAUUUGCGAUGUGGCCUACACCGGCAGCGCACACCUGGUCUUCACCUCCGCGCCCCCCAGCGGCAGCGCCACCCCGACCGCUCUGCUCUCCCCAGAGGAGCCCACGAGGUGUAAUGGCCUCCUCCAAGGAGGAGGAGCUGCAGCUUCUGUGCACAGGGCCAACAGAGAGAUCCGGAAAGCUGAGGGGGCCGCGGGGGUGGACCUCUUCAGCGAGAUGAACUCAACAGAGAUUCAGAAGCUCAAGCAGCAGUUGAUGACGGUUGAACGGGAGAAAGCAGCACUGCUGAACAGCCUUCAGGAGUCCCAGACUCAGCUCCAGCACACACAGGGGGCUCUGACCGAGCAGCACCAGAAGGCCUGCCGCCUACGCCAGAGAGUCCUGGCUCUGUGCCGGCGUUCCCGGACCGACCCAGAAGCUGAGAGCUGCAGCAGCUCCAAGCCGAGCCUGGACGAAGAGCAGGGCAAAGACGAGGGCGAGGCAGAGGAAGAGGAGGAGGCUGAGGAGGAAGACAGCGAGGUGCUGAGCAAAAGCCAAAUAUUUUCAUACCAAACCCCUGGUUUGGAAAUUCUACAGGUCAAAUACCGUGUGGCUGUGACCGAGGUGGUGCAGCUCAAAGCGGAGCUGAAAGGCCUGCGUGAAAAGCUGGCAGUGUGUGAGGGGGGGGGCGCAGAGGAGAAGCCCCACCCGAGCAACCAGAUCCAGAGGCUGCAGAGGCAGGUUCUGUUUCUGGAGAAGAGCUGCCGGGACGGACAGGAGAAGAGCUCGGCUCUGGAGCUGGAACUCCAGGCCGCUCAGUCAGCAGCCAGUGAAGGCCGGGCGGCCCUGAACGCAGCCCAGGAGGAGCUGGUGACUCUGAGCGAGGAGCUGGCCCAGCUCUACCACCAUGUUUGCCUCUGCAACAACGAGACGCCCCACCGGGUCAUGCUGGACUACUACAGGCAGGGACGGGGUCUCCGCAGCAUCAGUGCCAGCCUCAAAGCCGUGUCGUCAGACAGCAGCAAAGUUCUCCUCACGCCUCGCCUCUCCAGGCGGCUGGUUGCUGCCGCCUCCACGACCUCCUCCCCUGGGGGGUCGAGGAGCCCCUCCGCGUCUCCGUCCAAAGAGCCGCUGUCGGGAGAGGGUGAAGGGGAGGACAAGGAUGGGUGCAGGGAGGGUCUUCAGGCUCCGUUUGAGCAGACCCUGCCCCCCUGCACUCCCCCCACCCGAUCACCCAGCAUCAGUGCCUCCUCAUCCUCCUCGUCUUCAUCGUCACCCGCCCUGGAGCCGCAUGGCGAGCUGCGACGGGAGCCCAUGAACAUCUACAACCUGAACGCCAUCGUUCGAGACCAGGUCAAGCACCUGCAGCGGGCAGUGGACCGCUCCUUACAGCUCUCCAGGCAGAGAGCCGCCGCUCGGGAGCUGGCACCUCUGCUGGAAAAGGACAAGGAGAGCUGCAUGGAGGAGAUCCUGAAGCUCAAGUCCUUACUGAGCACCAAGCGGGAGCAGAUCGCUACUCUGAGGCUGGUGCUGAAGGCCAACAAGCAGACAGCAGAGGUGGCUCUGGCUAACCUGAAGAGUAAGUAUGAGGCAGAGAAGUCCAUGGUGACCAACACGAUGACUAAGCUGAGGAACGAGCUGAAGGCCCUGAGGGAGGACGCCGCCACCUUCUCGUCUCUGCGAGCCAUGUUUGCCACCAGGUGUGACGAGUACAUGACACAGCUGGAUGAGAUGCAGCGGCAGCUCGCUGCGGCUGAGGAUGAGAAGAAGACUCUGAACUCGCUCCUGCGCAUGGCCAUCCAGCAGAAACUGGCCCUGACGCAGCGCCUGGAGGAUCUGGCCUUUGACCAGGAGCAGUCCCAUCGGACCCGCGGGAGCAGAGGGACUCGUGGAAAGACAAGCACCCCCAAAGCCAGUCCUUCGACUUGUGCCUCAGCGUCUCAAUGUUCUGUCACAGUUUCUGGACACAUCCCCAGUCUCACCUCAGCUGUUUUUCACGAUACUUCUGCCCCCCUAGAACCCCCUGGUCCAGCCGUCACCUCCUCCACACUCCACACAACCCCAUCCAGUCCAUGUUCUUCAUUAGUGUCCUCCCCAUCUGGCCCUCCGGCGUUGGGGAGCCCUCAGCCCUCCUUUCCUACCACACAGAGUCCACCUUUGACCCCGUUGAGGUUGGCUUGCCCCCAAUGGACAACAGGGGGGCAGACAUUUCUAAUCGACUCCAACAGCUUCAAUGUCAGCGUUUCCCACUCCAUCUCAUCCACCCCUCCAUCUAGGUCCACAUCGCUAGGCUCUGCCCCCACCUUCUCCUAUCGGCCCCCUGUUCUGGGGGUCAGGCGGUCCACUUGGAGCCCUGUCCCCCGGACUCGGCCCCUGCCUGGCCUGACGCGCUCCUACUCUCCUUCCUCCUCCUCCUACUCAUCCUCUCACUUCCCGUCCCACACACACGGAUACCACGGCCCCUCCCCCUCCUUCACCUCCUCUAACCCUUAUCUAUCCUCAGGUAACCCCCCCCCAUUUAGCCACUCUAGCCGCUACACCCCCCUCUACCCCCGAUACCACAGUUCGUACCGGCCCCGUGAAUGACCCUGAAUGUUGGACCCCGGCAGCUAGCCCUCUCUUUGUGUCACUGAAGAGGGGGAGGCUCCCAGAGGGUGGGGGGGGGGGGGGGUUCAGUGGUUUCCCGCUGGUCCGGUCCCGUUCUAACCUGUGCCUACGCCUUGGCCGAUGGAUCGUGAAUGUUCAAUGACUUAGCUCAGGGAUUCGACACGAGGAGCACAAGCGGCCUGCCUUCCCUGUCCACAGAGGGGCGCUGACACAGAACAGUUUUUAGCUUUUAGGUUCUUCAGGUUCACACCACGCAUGCAUGAAAACACACAGACACAUUUCCGGAGGGGGGGGGUGGGGUGGGUGAGUAAGGGGCAUGAAUGAGAACAGCAACGUUUUAACAUCCAUCGUUGUCAAACAAACGCUCACAGCCUCUUCUGGGCUUAAUGUCAUAGGGGGAGGUCCCAAUUCCACCUGGCCCCAGCCCUGCAAUAUCUCAAAGGUCCUUUUGGACUUAUGGGGGUGUCCUGAUACUCUCAGCUCUCUGUUUGAAGGGAUCAUGCCAAAUACUGCUUUCCUGAAACACAGGAAAAGGAAAAACUUUGAAGAAGAUGAAACAGUCUGGCUGUCUGCCUACUCCCUAACAUACUAAACAGUUUGGGAGUAUUUAGUGCCCUGGAUUUUAAAAGCAGUUUGUGUUAUAGGGGACUGGUGGGUGUGUGUAGGACCCAAAACACAGGAGACCAGGCAAUAAAACAUUUAAUAAAUAAACUUAAACAUGACAAAAAACCCGGAGAACCAAAAAGGUAAAGGCAAAGCAGAACAGAUGACCUGACAAGGUGAAACUGAAAAGCAGACACUUUAAUAGACUGAGAGUAACUGACAGAGAUGAAAACAGCUGUGGACGAUUCACAUCAACCAGGAGUGACCGAUAGAGGAACAACUCAAAACACCACAAAAACCAACAACACAACCCAAAAACCAAAGAAAAGCACAGAAUCCGUACAAUGCUCACUGCUGCUUUCUUUAUUAACGCCAACUGUGACGUCAAACAUUUCCCGAAAUAAAACAUAUUAACCCUUGUGCUAUUUUAGAUGACCCCACCCUUACAUGGACGUGUUCUUCCUACAAUGACAAAGG